AUGAUGGAGGCAAACAAGACGCAGGUGAUGCAGUUUGUUCUCACAGGACUGACAGAUCGUCCAGGGAUGCAGGUUCCCCUGUUCCUGGCGUUCUUGAUCAUCUAUCUCACCACCAUGGUGGGCAACCUCGGACUGAUUUUCCUCAUCUGGAAGGACCCUCAUCUUCACACUCCCAUGUACUUAUUCCUUGGCAGUUUGGCCUUUGCAGAUGCUUGUUCCUCAUCCUCUGUGACUCCCAGGAUGUUUGUCAGCAUCUUAGACAAAAGUCAAAUGAUAUCCCUCUUUGAGUGCAUGGCCCAGUAUUAUUUUUUUGGUUCCAGUGCCACCACAGAGUGUUUCCUCUUGGUAGUGAUGGCCUAUGACCGCUACGCAGCCAUAUGCAACCCCUUGCUUUAUCCAGUGGUGAUGUCCAACCGACUCUGUACCUGGUUGAUAAGUGUGUCAUAUGCGAUUGGUUUUCUGCAUCCUGUCAUUCAUGUGGGAUUAUUAUUUAGAUUAACCUUCUGCAGGUCCAAUAUAAUACCUCAUUUCUAUUGUGAAAUUUUGUCACUAUAUACAAUUUCUUGCACUGACCCAUCUCUUAAUGCGUUGGUGAUUUUUAUUUUUGCUGCUUGUAUACAAGCUUUUACUUUUACGACCAUCAUGGUGUCUUAUACCCGUGUCCUCUUUGCCAUCCUGAGAAAGAAGUCUGAGAAGGGCAGGAGCAAAGCCUUCUCCACGUGCAGCGCCCACCUGCUCUCUGUCUCUUUGUUCUAUGGCACUCUCUUCUUCAUGUAUGUGCGUCCUGGGUCUGGGCCAGAUCAAUAUCAGGAUAAAAUGUAUUCAUUGUUCUACACGGUUAUAAUCCCUCUGCUAAACCCCUUUAUUUAUAGCCUAAGAAACAAGGAAGUUUUAGGUGCACUGAGAAAAGUGAUAAAGAAAUAUUUGGGGAAAGCUUUCAUUAUUCCUUAA